GGAAAAGGCUCAUUUACAGGAAGAGACGUUACUUGGACGGUAUCGAUAAAGAGAUGAUUUCCUGAUUGAAGGGCGUUUUUUAAUCAGGUUCACAGUGGCAGAUGUGCUGAAACAAACCUUGGCAAAGCUCUGUAUGGGAAGAACAAAACAACUGAAGGAGGAACGCUUUUAGGGUGCUUUUGUUCCUCCUUCAGGUGGGGAAAAGAACAAGAUCAUCUUUAAACAGCAGAACAAAAACAAAACAUGUCAAACAGUAAAACACACUUGACAUGUCUACUAGGCAGUGAAAAAGAGAAAUGCUAAAUGUAGAUUCUUGUACAUUGUGUGACCGGUGAAAAGCAUUUUGUGAACCAAUGUCUAGUAGAUAGCAUAAAAGGAUAUUUCAAAGUGUUGAGUGCAGAUCUGCUGAGAGAAGAUUUCCCAAACUCUGCUUUUCUGGUGGGAUGAGGUUUCCAGUGAAUUGUGUAACUAACAAAGUCUGAGGCUGUAUUUGGACAGACUACUUCCUAGAGGGAUGGCUAGCUGUGACACAGAGUCAGACAGCCUGGACAGUACCUGCUGCAGAGGGCAGUCUGUUCUGGGCAUUUCCUCAGAGAAAGGGGAGAGUAUGGGGAGUUCCAGUGUGGGAACCUCUUACCACCAGAACACUGACAUAGAGGCGCACACGCAGGGCUACGACGUGGAGUUCGACCCGCCCCUGGAGAGCAAGUACGAGUGUCCCAUCUGUCUGAUGGCGCUGAGGGCGGCUGUGCAGACUCCCUGCGGACACAGAUUCUGCAAGGGCUGCAUUGAGAAAUCCCUCAGGGAUGCUGGACAGAAGUGCCCAGUGGACAAUGAGAUCCUGCUGGAGAACCAGCUGUUUCCUGAUAACUUUGCCAAGCGAGAGAUCCUGUCCCUCACGGUGUGCUGCCCCAAUGAGGGCUGCAGGCACAAGAUGGAGUUGCGCCACCUAGAGACGCAUGUGUCUCAGUGUGUCUUUGCCACUGUGGAGUGCCUGCUGUGCCACACCGCUGUGUGGAGGAGCCAGCAGGAGGAGCACAUGAAGCAGGAGUGCCCACGCCGUGUGACCAGCUGCCAGAACUGUGCCACCUGCAUCGUCUUUGAGGAGCUCCAGUACCAUGAGCAGGAGUGCCCCCUAGCGAGCGUGGUGUGUGACUACUGCAGCACAGAGCUCAUCCGGGAGCAGCUGCAGUAUCACUGUGAAAUGGACUGUCCUCAGGCACCUGUCGCCUGUACCUUCAGCUCCUUCGGCUGUCCUGAGAAGAUGCAGCGAAACAAACUGGCGCAGCACAUGCAGGAUUACACGCAGAUGCACCUCCGCUUGAUGGCGCAGUUCCUGCUCGGUAACCGCAUGCCCUCUCAUCUUCCAGAGAGCUCUGAUCUCCAUUUCGCCCCGUCCCCCUUGGCAGGGCCCAUCCCCCUGCCUCUCUCCCUGGCUGGGGCCACUGCUGCAGCCCCCUCUCUCCAAUGCCAGUGCUCUGCAGCUCUGCAGGACCAACGUGAGACCCUGCAGCAGCUAGAGGCCCGUCUCGUCCGGCAGGACCACCAGAUCCGGGAACUGCUGGCUAUCAAGGAGACUCAGAGCAUGCAGGUGGGCACUCUGAAGAGACAGGUACGCAUGCUGGAGGAGGUGGUGAGCGAGCUGGAGGCGGAGCAGUGUAAUGGCAUCUACGUGUGGAAGCUGGAGAACUUCUCCAGCUACCUGAGCAGCCAGGAGGCCGAGCAGCCUGUGGUCAUCCACAGCCCUGGCUUCUACACGGGCCGGCCCGGCUACAAGCUCUGCCUUCGACUCCACCUGCAGACUCCCAGCGCUCUACGCUGCGCCAACUACAUCUCCCUGUUUGUGCACACCAUGCAGGGCAAGUACGAUGGCCAGCUGCCCUGGCCCUUCCAGGGAACCAUCCGUCUCUCCAUCCUGGACCAGACUGAAGGUGUUGUCAAGCAGAACCACGAGGAGGUGAUGGAUACUAAGCCAGACCUCCUGGCCUUCCAGCGCCCUACCGCCCAGCGCAACCCCAAGGGUUUCGGCUACGUCACCUUCAUGCACCUGCAGGUCCUGCAGCAGAGGGAGUACGUGCGGGAUGAUGCACUGCUGGUGCGCUGCGAGGUCACCCCACGCCUUGAUGUGAGCAGCAUUCGCAGGGAGGGGUUUCAGCCCAGGGGCACAGAGCCCCCUGUUUAACAUGGAGGUUCAGCAGGGGGUGAUACUAAGUCACUGGUGUUUUAGCAAUAUUACAGACAAGAAACAAUAUUACACAGUGCCAGUACGGUGCUGAUUCAGUGUGACAGAUACUCAAGGUCAAACAUGCAGUCGUGUCACGGAGGCUGUGUAUCAUAUUUCGAAAGAACAAUCAUAAAUUUGCUUACCUAUUUAUUUCCUUUUAAAAUAUAUAUAUUGAUGUGCUACAUACAGCCCAGGAUUAAGCAAAGAUAGUGAUGUUUUUUUUGUAAACACUGCAGGGUGUUCUUUGGGUCAAUUACAGCUUGUAAUUUUAGUGGUUUAAUUCGCGAUUCAGAAGUAUGCCAAAGAACUGAACUAAAAAUGAGUUCCAACUGCAGCAUGCUAAUACGAAGAUCCAGGAAAUGAGUUUAGUCAAUAUAAACAAGUGGAACAAGUCAGACUUAUCAUGGGAAUCAACCCAUAGACUGGUGUAUACAAAAUAAACCCCAGUCUUUCUUAAACACUUCUUGUGCCUUGUAGUGCGCGUGUAUUUCGGCAACAUUCAGCCGUCCUCUUGAUGUCCAUUUUAUUCAUUUUUAAAAUGAGCUCCACACAAACAAAUAUUAUCUGUCAUUUAAAGAUUGUGGAAUUCACCAAAAUAAUUUGUACUCUUGCAUGGCAAUCAACACAAUUUGACCACUUUAAAAAUAAAACCCCCGUUGUCAUAUUUGUUUUACAGUCUAAGCAGUGAAACUUUGUAUUUCUAAUAAGGCUUUUUCGUACUAUACAGUGCAAUUUUAUUUUCUUAAAGUAUCUAUAGACUCAAUAGUUUAUUGCUAUAGGUUUAAAAUACUGUAAUAUAAAGAUGAGCAAAGCUGUUCCGUUAGAAUUGAAACAAUAUUCAGAUACUAAAUUCCCAACACUUCAACCUCCCAAGAGACACAAGAACUAAAAUAAAGUGAGUUUUAAAUAAAAUAGACUGCAGCUCGCACAGUAUAAUAUUAUGUAUUAAAGGAUGGCAAAGCAGAGUUAAGCACUGCACAGAGAAGGAUGCUAAAGCAGAGUGAAAACAGUAACAAUUAAGCACAGCAAAUGCAUUUGAAAAGAAACUGUUCAUUAACAUGCAAAAUGGAACAAGCACUGACCAGUCUCUAAAUUCACAUAAUAGUUUACUUAAAAGGUACAUUGCAAUUAACCCAAGCACUAUAAGCAGUAACAACAUACUGCAGUGCCAUUACAUCAUGUCGCUCAGCACUUGCAGGAGCACUGCAAAUAUUUAUGCAGUCCAUUUUUAAUAAGCACACCUUCAUAUUGAAUGUUUACUGACAUUAUUUUAGUGCCCUUGUUUAAAUGAAUACCGAAUGUUAAUAUUACAUGAGUAAACAGUAAUUUAUUGUUGGUCAGUGAGUUAUGUAAACACUGGAUAAAAUACACAGAGACAGAUCGGAUCUCAAGAUUCAUUCUGGAACCCUAGAACAGCAGAUUCAAUGUGAUUACUAGUUGUGUGCCUUAAUUGAAGUCCAGCCAUACAGACGCUUGGCUCAUUGUCAUUGUGGAUUCGACCUUACUGACAGAUGCAGGUACACCUGGGGUACACGGAUUUGUUUAUUUCUGUGAAAUUGCUCUGCAAGUGCACCUCAGUCCUGAUCUGAUCACCUCGUCAUUCAGUCCAGGACACCUCUCAUUCUAAACUUGCAAUGUGGGUAACAAACUAAUUUCACCUUAGUGAGAUUCAAACCCAGCUCGCUCCGAUGAAGUGAACAUCGUGCAGUUCAACCUGGUCUUGCACUUGCUGGGAGGACAAUAUUUUGGUGUCAUUUGUUACAUUUUCCUUCAAUGGCCAUUGUAAUUAUCAUGAUGAAUCCUCGAAAGAGACUUGAUAACGUGACAAACCUGUGCUGAGCUGAACAUUAUGGUUAUUUUAACUACUAUUUUAUGUACUGAUCUCUUUUAUGCCAGAAAAUAGCGGCACACAAUUAAACCUUUUUUUCUAAA